UGGACAAACAGACUGGAUCUCUGACCAUCAUGAACAUCAGGACCGCAGAUGCUGGACUUUAUAGACUACAGAUCAUCAACAGCAGAAUCAGCAACAUGAAGAGAUUCAGUGUUACUGUCGCUAGUUCAUCUGGUGUUGGUACAGAUGAGGUGUCAGCAUAUGUGAUGGAGGGAGAUUCAAUCAUUCUAAAUACUAAUGUUAAAACAAACCUACAAGAAAGGAUUAAAUGGUUUUUUAAAGACAUCCGCAUAGCUCGAAUCAAUGGAGAUCUCAGUAAGAUCUGUUCAGGUGUUCAGUGUAAUAAAGGUACUGAGAGAUUCAGAGGCAGACUGAAGCUGGACAAUCAGACUGGAUCUCUGACCAUCCUGAACAUCAGCACCACAGACUCAGGACUUUAUGAACUAGAGAUCAUCAGUGACAGAAUCAGCAUCAUGAAGCACUUCAGUGUUGUUGUUCAAGAGCUGGUGUCGGACAACGAUGAAGAAGAGGCUCCGGCAGAAGUAGAAACUCGUAGAAUGUACCAGAAUAAUCGUGCUGGAGACCUUUCCCCUAAUCAGAUUGAAGCUCUGCUGAUGAGUGAGACGUCCUCUAAUCAGUCUGAGACUCAUGCUGCCAAUGAGACGUCACAGUAA